GACAGGUCGACUUUAUAUUUGUGUCGGUUCCAGGCUGGGGUCACUGAAGCGAUUUGGAACUUGGAGCAUUUUUAUUUCGGAACCUGUGACGGUGCAACACAACGAUCUAAAAGAAUGGAUCCCCAGACGUAUAUGGAUAUCGCUACGGUGGUUACGAAGCUGAAGAUGUAUCCUUAUUUCGACAUAGCGCAUUACAUACUGAUGUGUAUUGCUGUCCGGGAUGAUGUUGUGCCCCAGCAAGGUUAGUCCUGUCGGCCGUGGUUGUGAGGCGAGCGAGUGAGAAGGUAGUGAUCGCUAUUGCAGGUGCAUUCUUAGUUACAUCAGCAGCGCGUUUCCUAGCCUAGAAGUAUCAUAUGGGCAUAUGUUUUAGCGUAUUCUCCAUUCGGCUACAAUUAUUAUACCAUUAUUAUUAUUACUUUGCCGCAACAGCUUUUCAUAUGUUCAUCAUUGUCAUCCCUAGGCCCUAGACCUAGGCCUAGGGCCUAAGUUGGCCUAGGCUUAUUAAGCUUAAGACUAAACGGUAAACGCUACGUCCAAAACAGUAACAGUGUACUCUGAGUGUACAGUUCGCUAUGUCUCUUGUGGCACUGAUUCAUUCAGUCAUGCCAUAAGAGUUGCUUUAACUUAAACUUUAAACUACUAAAAAAAAAUAAUGUAACUUCAACUCAAAAUUAAUUUUUAAUCAAUAUAAAUAAAACUAAGACUAAUAACUAUAAAAAUGUUAACAAUAAUGGGGAGAGUCUGCAGUAAGGUGUGGGGAAAUAUGCUAAACAAAGUUUGGGAAAACCUGAAAAGAGGACACAACAAUCAUGUCCCAAGAUGCCUUCUUCAGGAAUCUGUGAACAAACAGUAUUAACAAAAGGGGACGGAUGAGAGGAAAGGUAAUUUUACUGUGAUUGUUCAUAACAAGUAGUGGUCGAAGAAAAGGUUUAGCAAGUAAAGGAGAACAUUACAUUAAUGCCUGAAUCAGUUUGUUCUUCAAUUUAAAAAAAACAACCACCAAAGUCCAAAUUGUCUUAAUUACCUCAUUAAAGCUGUAUUGUUGUGACAUCAUAUAAUUUAUGGUAUAAACUAUAAAGGUCUAAGCCUAAUAAGUGGUUUAAAAUGUAGUGGCCAAGUUCAUUACCAUGCUUUUAGGAAAGCUUAGCUUAGCCUUAGGAGAUAAAAUAUAAAAUGCAAUAAUUAGAAAAAAACUGAUUAGCAGGGCUGUAUCUUAUUUUAGAAAUCAACCUGUCAUCAGUGGCAUCUUUUUGGCCUAUAACAGCAUCCAAAAGCCAGGUUUAUCACAUAAAAAUCGAAGAGCCCUCUGCAGGUUGUCAAAGUUAUGUGUCAUGCUAAUAUUGAGAGUGACCAAAACAUUUCAGUGGCAAAGCUAAAACUGUAAUCUCAAAUCAAAGAUGAGGCACAACAAGCUAUGUCAAGAUUUUUUUUAAUGCCCUAAAUCAGGCCUGCACAACUCAAAAUGUAAGGCGGGCCGUAAUACUUAAUGAAAAACUUUUGCGGGCCAAAAGAUAAUAAGACAUGAGGGGAAAGCCAUUAAUAAAAUAAGAAUAAAGAAUAUUUCCUUGCUUUGCGGGUCGCAAAAUGGGUGCUGUCGGGCCACAUGUGGCCCGCGGGCCGUAUGUUGUGCAGGCCUGCCCUAAAUAAUAGAUUCAGGGCCCUUAGAAAUAACACAAUGCCAAAAACAAUUAAUGACUUCAAAAGAGCCAUAGGAGGAAUUUUUGAUAAUAAUGAAAAAUGGAGCACAGAGUGGAUAUCAUAAUAAACAUGAAGAAAAAUUUGAAGAAUUUAAGAAGUUAGACCACUGCGAUUGGUUGUAAUGUGGCGGGGCGGAGCAAAGGCUCAACAAUACAUGUGAGUGAAAACAUGACAUUCGCGCCAUGUGGUAUCAAUAUUCCAUAAGUCUAGAUCAGCUUGUUUUCCAAAUUCACCUGGCUGGGUGAAUUUGUGUUGGUCACCAAUCACACUAAUUAUAUAAUCCGCUGAGCCCUUGUGGUUGCUUCUAUUGAAUUGUUUAGAGACGGAACACUGUUUAUCUUGCGUAAUGUUACGGAAGUGCUUAUUACAUUUGUCAGAAAGUCAAUCCUGUCUCCCCUAUGUACUACAUCUGGCAGCGGGUUUAAACAGUGGUGUAGACAACAUUGCGGCUGGUACAAAGUAAACUGUCCCUUAUCUGAAAACUGCCCUUAAGGAAGAGAAUGUGUUGAGUCUGGACGGGCAAGUAUUGCAACGGCUUGGUCUUAAAGUGGGAGAGGGGGCAGCAUUGAUGCGAUUUCACACAAGGAGGUCUCUCAGAUUUUUAUCACGUCUGAAAACAAUGAGAGGCAGGGCAUUGUUUCUAAUUCAUUAUGAAUGAUGUGACAUGCCAAUGGAGAAUACAAAUGACAUGUAGCUAACAUCUGACCAAUAAAGUUAGGACCAAAGAUAACUUCUGGCCCUGGUCAAUUCAACAUAACUUAGUCAAUUUUUUAAAUUUUAAAAGUAGCAUGAUACAAAUGUUGGUAAAAUUUGCUUGAAAUUUUUUAUGUGUUGUACCUUUGAUAGAAUUAAUAAAGAUUUUUACUUAGGUCUCAGUACUUUUUUUUUUUGCUUCUACCUGUUUUGGUAUGGUCACAUUUUUGUUUAAAUUUAGUAAACAAAAAAGGUAAUUCUUUUGGCUUGACAUCAAACCAUAAUUAAAUAUGAUCUUGAUAAUUGUUUUCAAUACAGUAGAACCCCGUUAUGUCGACGGCCUCGAGUUUGCCAAGAAGCGUCGAGAUACCAAUAAUAGAGAUAAACCAAAACCAAUAUGGCGGCAAUAUAUUAACAUGUGCUUGAAAUUUCUUUAAAUACACGAUGUGCGUUUAUAAAUGAGAUGUACAUGCAUGUGAUGUUUGGAGUUUUUUUUACACAAUAGCGUUACCAGGAUUUGUUUGAAGCGAUCGGCAUGUUAUAAAAAUGUACAUACAUGUGUGCUAACAACACAAGGCACAUGUUGGGUGCCACUUUUCCGAAAUAUUCGGGAUUCGUGAGGUAAAUAUUUUUCUGCUCAGGAUUCUGGAGUUUUUCUUUUCUCUCGCUCCAAAUUCGCCAGUUCAGUUUAUUCAAAUACGGAUUCUGGGUUUUUAAAAAUAAAUCAACCCGUAAGAAUGCGUGAAAGCCUACAUUAAGCGACAAGCGGGUUCACUUUAAAUAAAACAGAUACUGCGACCUUUUGUUUGGAGGCUUUGCGCUUCUUGCUGUGUCAAGUUAAUUGCGCGGACAACGUUAUUGUUAUUUCAUUUCAAUUAAUAAAGUUUGAAGUAGGCACAUUUCUGUUGUAUAUAAUUUUCAAAAGCCGGCGAUUGGUCAUGGGGAUCGAGAUAACCGAGGUUAUGUGGUAAAUUUGGCAGCCAUUUGUGCUCAAGAUGUUAGGGUUCUGCGACAUAACAAAAAGAAUCGACAUAACCGAGGAGAAAAUGCUUAGACAAAGAGAGACUUGUCGGUUCCGCUUCAAAAAUGUCGACAUAACAUGGUUGGCAAGUUAAACGAGGUUGAGAUAAACGGGUGCGACUGUAAUAGAUAAUUCAAUUCUGAAUGAAAGUUAUAUAAAAUGUUAUUACUGCUAUUGCUAUGUUCUUCAUUGAACACCCAGUCAAAUACCUAAUGGUAGAGAGAAAAAAAUGACAGACAACCAAAAAUAUUUUAGAGAUAAUGUUUUGUAAUAUGGAUGACCCUUACAGUAUUUUGUUAAUCAGUUCACAGCUGAAUUUCUGGUGUCAAGUUGCCACUGUUUGGAUGAUUUUGAAAAAUUGUCUGCUCCCAGUGUAUCCCAAUUCCCCAGUACAACUGUGUUAUUUUAUUGAAAGAACCUUUAAUUUGAUUUAAAUUAAAUGUAAAUGCUCUUGAUCAUAAUUUUUUUUAGGCCAAGGAAGUCCAUCACAGCCAUUUUCAAGAAAACAUCCCUUGUCCAGCUGGCUCUCUUCAAUGUUAAUAUGCUUUGCAGGAAGCAUCAUUGCUAAUUUUUUAUUAGGAGAGCCAGUGAUAACACCGUUCAAAGAUCACUUGAGCAUAUUAACUGCAACAGCAGUUUGGUAAGCAGUGAUGCAUUUAUUUUACACUUUUGAUUUUUAAUUUUUAGAUAUUAUCUCUAAAUUUACUUUUGUUUUAAAUAGUGGUGUGUCAAAGUUUAAUUUACUGUUGUCUGACAGGAAUGUGAUGAUAGAUUUAAUCUUUGAAAGCUAACUGUGUUUAUUGAAAGAUAUCAAGCCUAGUUUUUAUCAUCACACUGAACUAUUAUUGUCACUUGACAACACUGAAAACAAUUUGUUCCUUAGAAUACUUUUAUUUUAUCUUUUAUUUUUCUAAAUGAUUGCUCCAAAUUUGUGCUAACUGGAUAAAUACUUCUUUGUUUCAGGUAUUUGGUUAACUACUCUCCAUUUGAUUUGAUUUACAAACUGAGCAAGUUCCUGCCAAUAAAACUUAUUAUCUGUAUACUCAAAGAAACCCAGAGGGCUCACAAAGUUUACCAUGGAGUAUUAGUGGCUGCAAAAUUAUAUCCUAGCUCCUAUCUUAUUGUUGUCAUUGUCGGCACUGUGAAAGGUAUGUGGAUUUUUUUUGUGUUAAAUCUUUUCAAACUUUCAAGCUAAUCCAUCAUAAGUCAAUUCUGAAGAUUAAAGAAGCAUUAUUUUAUGUUUAAUCAGUAACUUGAAAUAUUUUUAUUUCAAUUGACAAUGCAGCCUGAACAUUAACCCAGCAAAUGGACUACAGCAGAUUGUAUGUUACCCUUCUCAGACCUGUAAGGUAUUUGGACUAUCACCCUGUAGGAGACCAAGUCACUCUUAUCCCCCAUCUAGGGGUACAACCUGGCAGUAUUUGAGAACUUCAUACAUCUUGAAAUGUAGACGUGCUGGGCGGCCGAGCGGUCUAAACUGUCUCAAACCAAUUAGCAGGUGGUUGGAGUUCAAUCCCCACCAAAGCCAACAUCCCCAGCACCCCGGGUGGAUGGGACUCGUUAGCCUUGGACAACAACCCAUCUAAGAGUAGGCAAACUUUGAAUUUAAACGAGGAGCCAGAAUGAUCAACAAAUUAAUCAUGGGCCCUCAAAUAAGAAAAAGAGAAGAAGAAGAAAUGCAAAAGCAGCAGCAUUUGUAGCUAGUUUGAAGAAGUGUUCUGGAACAACCCAAACCACACAGAAAGGGCCAAAAUGUAUCUACUUUACAGCGUGUUAUAAAGUUGCGAUACAUGAACCAGAUGAAACUGUCACUCCAGGACAGUGCUCAAAAAUCACUCAUUGAGGUGAACGAAGGAAGCUUCGCCAUCAUCUCUCAAGACAGACUGAUGCCACGAAAAUAACAGUCUGUUAUGACAUUUCAAAUAUUUUUAUUUUGUGACCCAAAAAAGUUAAAUAAUAGAAAUACUUAUUAAACAUAAGUUAUCUGUAUGAAAUGGUUCAAUGUUUACUAUUAGAUUUUAAAUUAAUGAAAUUAAAUCUUUUACAGGAGCUGGAAGUGGAGUAAUGAAGAAUUUUGAUAGACUUGUGAGAGGUAUUUGGGUACCAGGCAAUAAUGAGAUUCUUCAGCCAUCAUUGUAAGUACAAAAUCGUAACUAAGAUAUUAAAGGUACAAAUUGUCUCUGUACUAUUCCACUUUCAAUAUUUAUUUUUAUAAGCUGAUUAUUACAGACUAAUCUGGAUUUUUGUGUGUUUAUAACACCAUAAAUUAAGGGUCAUUUGUUUCAUAUUGCUGGUUUUUAAACAUCUUACAAAACAGUAUAGGAACUCACCAUUACUUUAUAACAAUUUACUGUAACCUUCAUGACCAUAUAAGACUAUUAAAUACAUUAAAAUAAUAUAAACAAUAGUUUUUUUAUAGACAUGUUAUGUCAACUUAUUUUUAUUUUAACUUUAUAUAACAUUUAGCUUGGUGUCUAGAUUAAAGUUGUGCGCUCUAUUGUCAGUAAUGUCAUGCUAUAACCAUAUUAUGUGUUUUUUUAAAAAGUAAUUUUUGUUUUUAAACUCUAAAACGUAUUUAACUAUUAACUGCAUGGUGAACAGCAUUUUUGGAAGAAAAAUGGAACCAUGUAUUAUCUUUUAGGAUGGGUGUGUCAUUUUGUUACAAGUGUUGGUACAGCAAAAACUGUCUUUAUUGACAUUGUUACAAGUUGAACUGAAAGAAAUGAAGUUGGUAAUUUUAAUGAAAUGCAUUUUCUUUUCUCUUUCAGUGCUACAAAGGCCAGCUUGGUAGCCUCAAUCAUUUUCCUAUGUGAGCGCCUAAACCUGAUUGCCGUGCCUCAUCCUCUUAUUUAUUUUGGUGUAGUCCUCUUCUUUGUCUAUUUCAAGAUCUCCUCUGUCGUGUUAGGAAUUCAUGACCCAUUUGUACCGCUUGAGAACCUUUUCUGUGCAAUCUUUAUGGGAGGUAUGUGGGAUGCUCUUCGUAGAGCUGCCAUUAAAGAACCAGCCAAGGAAGAUGAAAAUAAAGACCCAAGGAAUGAUGUUAUCAAGUCGAAAGAGGAGAAGAAGAAAGAUUAACUUGACUGACAUCCUGCAAUCGAAUUUAGGCUUGAUAUUUCCUCAAUAUUAAAAACACCACAAUUGGGCUAUUACAAUUGGUAAAGUAAUGUAAUUGAUUUUAACUAUGAUACACAGAGGAACCUAAUCAAAUUGGUUACUAAUUUUAAUCUUUGCUUAAACAUAGAAUACCGGUACUGUAUGUUUUAUAGCUUGUGUUCAUUUAAAUAGUUUCGUCACAAUACCAAACAUUUGAUAAAACAUCUACUCAUACUAACAGUAUUUAGAUGGUGAAUCAUUUAUUUAUUUCCUUGAGGCAGCCAACUCCAGCUAGUCAUUUCAGAGAGAGUUUUCAUUUGGAGCUGCUUUGUAAACUUACCCUGUACUUAUAUUCCAUGCAUAUAAUCUUUGAUUGAACCUGAGCUUUUAAAUGUGUUCCUAUUUCGAGUGAAAAAAACUUAUAUAAGAGUAAGAGAAUCAUGAAUGUUGAGUGCAUCGUGUGUUGAGAAGUUAUUUUUAUAGACAGAUUUUAAGUAUUAAAAUCAUCUAGCAAUUUUUAUUGUUGUAUAAUCUAAUAGUAGAAUUGACAGUUUUUUUUUUCAAUUAAAAUCCAUGACUCUUUAUUUGAAGUGUUACCAUUUGAGAUCUUUUAGUUGUGUAAAUAUACUCUCUAUCAAAAGAUUUUUCUGAGUCUCAGAAGUGUUUCUGCUCUCAAGCUGUUAUACAUUUUUUGUUACAAAAAUUUUUUUUUACUGUUUUUUAAAACAUGGAGUUAUGAUCAAAAAAAAUAUCAGUCCUCAUUGUUUUAUAAAUUUACAAAGAUCAAAUCAUGAUGAAUACGGUAACAAUAAAAUAAAAAUUGAUCAUUGAUAACUUAUUUUUAAUGCUGUUUUGAGUUUUGAACUUAUUUUUUUAACCAAACUUUCAAUCUCUCACACAUAUUUAUUAUUAGAUAAUAAAUACUAAUGUUGAAUUAUAACUCAAUAAGAUCCCACAGGUUCUUAUUUAGGAUCAAACUGGAUAAAUGAUCAAAAGGUAUUUUUUUAAAACGUAAAUGGUGAUUACAAUGCAUAAAAAAUAGCAACAUUUUUUUCUACCGUUUAAUCUACCCUGAAAACAUAUUUUUGUGUACCUUUUUUAAAUGAUUACUGUUUUUCUUAUCCAAGUCAUUCUGAUGAUUAUUUGUGGAUAACUUUUUGUCAAGUUGUAUUAUUGUUUUGUUGGAAAAGGACUUGUGUCUAUGUAUUAAAAAUAAAGUAAUUAGACUACAAAAGACGAGUCUUGCUAAAGCCCUGUGGUUAAUUGGUUAUAAAUUUUAUGAAAGAACAUGUCAUUGUAUCCCAGUGACUUCUAUUUAAGUAAUACUAAGCAUAUCAUUUUGUAAUUUAUAUAUAGACAGAUAAGAUAAAAAAUGUUGUAACUCAAUACAUGAUAUGAUUUCUUGAUAUUAAAUGCCAUUUUGAACUCAUUUUAUUUAUUUUAAAUGAUUUUUUUCAUGAAUAAUGAGUAUUCCAAUAAACUUGAAUGUUUUAAAUUAACAAACAUAAGAUAGUAUUAUUUCAUUUUUUCAUCUUUUUAAAAAUGUAUGUUGUACCCAAUGUGUGAUUUAUUCUUUUAGUUAUUUAUAUUUUCUGUUUUGAAUCAAGCAUGUUUUCUGUUUUCAACGUCUGAAGUAUUUUUGAGUGGGCACAUUCAAUUUUAUGUUCUUGCACCCCUUCAGUUUCCUUUGGCCACAUUCCACUGUAAACAUACCCCUGCAUAAUAAUUUAUAAUUAUAUCAUGUUCUUUAGAUGUAAAUUUAACCUUAAAACUAGUGUGGCCAAGAAUGGGUGGGAGAAACUUUGUUGUUCUUAGAAAUGUUAUACAUUUGUUGAACUUGUAUUGGUUUUUUUCAAAUCUCUUUAAAGAGGUAUUCUUAGUGCAGUUAAUGAACAGACUGUGGAAUUAUUGGUUAACAAAAAGCAUAACCAGCUGCUGCACUGCAACUGAUUUGGCCUUCUAAAGCAUUUGACAAAAUUAAUUUUUUAUUUUAUUUUUAGAAAAUAUGAAAUGUGCCAGUAGCACAAAGUUUUGAUGAUAAAUGUUUUAAGUGUAUUUAUCUGUUGAGAUGUCUGAAUUUGUAGAGCUUGUCCCAUUAGUUAUGGCUCUAUUUUGGCCUAAUGCUUUCAUUUUUUUUCUCCUACUGUGGCCAUUUUUCUUUCAGUUUUAAGAUAAUGCUUCUUAUGAGAAUGAAAAAAAGGUCUGCUUGUUUUAGCUGUCAUCAAUAAGAAAACAUUCUAUGAAUUUUCUUUAUAUGUUAGACUUAAGCUAAUCACACACCACUUGAUUUUCUUGAAGUACCGUACUUGAAGGUACAUGUUAUAAAACAUUGUUUCAGAUAGGAGCAUUGUUUAGCAGUUAAGAGAUGAUUUAAGAGUUGAUCACUGGUUUUCUCAUAAACUCAAUUUACAUAUCGCUUUGUGUGAUCUUUCACUGCAAUGUAAGCUUUAAAGAAAAACCUUUUUAAAUCCCUCCCAGUUUGCAUUUAUUUACUUGGAAUUUGUAAUACUUAGAUACUGUAUUGUAUUUGCUCCCCCGUCCUGAUCUGAAUCUCUUUUUUUUUUUUUUUUUUU